AUGCCAUCAUCAGUAAAGAACCACAGUGCUUCUGUGGAAGCCGCAACUCCCCACAAGGUCUCCUCCGCCAAAAAGGCAACGGCCGCUAAGGUCGACGAACGGAAAUCGCAAGCGACGCCAAAGAAGGUCUCCUCAGCCACAGCCGCCGCUAAGGACAAUGUAUCGACCAAAGACCACGCUACCACCACGCCGGUAACAAAGAAGGUCUCUUCCUCCACACACAAGCCCACAUCUUCGGCAUCGAAGCCUGCAGCAUCAGCAUCAAAGACUGCAUCAUCUGCAUCGAAACCAGCCACAUCCUCCGCACAUAGAACCGCGGAUCACGCAUCCAAGACCGCCUCAUCAUCCGCACACAGGACAGCCGAUCAUGCUUCAAAGACAGCCAGUAAGGCUGCCAGCGGCAGCAGUGGCGCAGAUCUUGUCAAGAAGAUGCAGGAGAAGAAGACUACCCAGUACACAGAGACGACCGGCUCAGAUAUUGUGAAGAGAAUGCAAGCUCGCAAGGCCGCGGCCGCAAAGGAAGCGGCCAGGAAGGAAGCAGCAGCAGCACGGACUCACGAAGACAACCUGCCCAAGAAGAAGCCCGCAGUCGCCGCGGCACCACAGGCUGUAUCCAGAGCUCCCGUCAUAGUACCCAAGGCUGCGCCAGUCAAGAAGCAGGCCGCCCCUAUUCCUGCACCUGCUGUCAAGAACGUCCCUGCCACUACCACCAGCCCCGCCAAGGUCGCGAAGAAGGAGAAGGUCUAUGCUCCUGGCGCUCUUGUAUCUACCGCUGAGCACGAGGCCCGGAAGGCCAAGGCUGCUACGCCGAAGAAAGAGAAGCAGUAUCACCCUAACGCCCUCACUCCCACAAACGAUAUUGAGGCUCGUCGCGCCGCCAAGAAGGCCCAGGCCGGUGGACCUGUGGGACAGGUCACAGAUACCGUCGGCAAGACCGUCGGAGGUGUCGGCAAGACUGCUGGUGGAGUUGUCGGAACUGCUGGCCGGACCGUCGGCGGGGUUGGACGGACUGCCGGUGGCGCUGUUGAUGGCGUCGGCAAGGCGGCUGGCGGCACCGUUGACGGCCUUGGUAGAACCGUCGGCGGCGUCACCAGCGGCCUCGGCAAGCAGGUCGGUGGUACCGUCGGAGGUCCCCUCGGCAAAGGCGUCCAGGGCGCCACUGAUGGCCUUGGUAAGACUGUUGGUGGUGCCACCAGCGGCGUUGGCAACACUUUGGGCGCCGCUACUGGCGGCUUGAACAAGACGCUGGGCGACACCACUGGUGCUCUCGGCCGUGGGGACUUGAUGGGCACCGUCGGCGGUGUCACUGGUGGAGUUGGAGAUACUGUUGGAGGCGUCGGCAAGGGAUUGGGUGACACUGUCGGCGGAACGCUCGGAGGUGUAGGUGCCACCGUUGGCGGACCGGUUGGUGGCAUCGUCGGCGGAGUCGGUAAGGGUGCCGGCGAUGCGGUGACCGGUAUCACUGGAGGCCUGGGCAAGGGCGUCGGCAGACUUGGCAAGGGUGAUGUUCUCGGCGGUGUCGGCGAUGUUGUUGGAGGCGUUGGCGAUGGUGUUGGCGGCCUUCUCGGCGGUGUUCUCGGUGGUCUCGGAGGCGGAGGUCAGGAGAACAGCGGCGGCCUCCUUGGAGGUGUGCUUGGUGGAGGUGGUGAUGGUAAGGACGGCGGUGGCGGCGGUCUUCUUGGUGGUGGUGGCGGCAAGGGUGGCGGUGGUCUUUUGGGACUUUGA